AGUGUGUGUGGCCCCCAUUUGGCUCUUCUCCAGUGCUCCGCAGCCGCUCGGGCAGUGUGAUGCCACGGGCGUGAGCCGUGUGCCAAAAAGUGGUGCUCCGUGAGCUGUGCCAGUGCUUCUCCGGGUGUCUCGAUCCGCGAGUGGGACGCGUGAAUCAUGUUCAAGUGCAUUCCAAUCUUCAAGGGCUGCAAUCGGCAGAUUGAGUUCGUCGACAAGCGCCACUGCUCCCUGCCCAAUGUCCCCGAGGAGAUCCUCCGCUACUCGCGGAGCCUCGAGGAGCUCCUCCUCGACGCCAAUCACAUCAAGGAUCUGCCCAAGAACUUCUUUCGGCUUCAUCGACUGAGAAAAUUGGGCUUGAGUGAUAAUGAAAUACACAAAUUACCACCGGAUAUACAAAAUUUUGAAAACUUAGUGGAAUUAGAUGUUUCCAGAAAUGAUAUACCGGACAUUCCUGAUGAUAUCAAACACCUUCGCAGUUUACAGGUAGCUGACUUCAGUUCGAAUCCAAUUCCACGAUUGCCCGCCGGCUUUUCUCAACUGAGGAGCUUAACAGUAUUAGGGCUCAAUGAUAUGUCGUUGACAUCAUUGCCAGCCGAUUUUGGAAGUUUGUCACAACUGGAGUCGCUGGAGUUGCGGGAGAAUCUACUCAAGAGUCUACCAGAGUCGAUAAGUCAAUUAACAAAAUUGGAGCGACUGGAUUUGGGUGAUAAUGAAAUUGAACAUUUACCCCCGCACUUGGGUCACUUGCCAGCUCUCCAGGAACUUUGGCUGGAUCACAAUCAAUUACAGAAACUUCCGCCUGAUAUUGGGUUCCUUAAGAAUUUGGUGUGCCUUGAUGUUUCUGAGAAUAGAUUGGAGGAGCUGCCAGAGGAAAUUGGUGGUUUGGAAAAUCUGACAGACUUGCACUUGUCGCAGAAUCUGCUGGAGACCAUCCCCGAUGGGGUUUCACACUUGACCAAAUUGACAAUAUUGAAACUAGACCAGAAUCGAUUACACACGCUGAAUGAAUCCAUUGGAACAUGUGUUAGCAUGCAGGAGUUGAUAUUGACGGAGAACUUUCUCAUGGAGAUGCCCAAGUCCAUUGGUAAUAUGGGCAAGCUGAAUAAUUUGAAUGUGGAUCGCAAUGCACUCACGGAAUUGCCAAUUGAGAUUGGCAAUUGUGUUAAUAUGGGUGUACUCAGCUUGAGGGAUAACAAAUUGACCAAGUUGCCAUCGGAGUUGGGCAAUUGCCAGCAACUCCAUGUGCUGGAUGUGUCCGGGAAUCGUCUGAAUUAUUUGCCGUACUCACUGGUCAAUCUCCAGUUGAAAGCUGUGUGGCUGUCGGAGAAUCAGGCUCAAUCCCUGCUUACAUUUCAGCCUGAUACAGACGAGGCGACUGGCGAACAGGUCCUCACGUGUUUCCUGCUGCCGCAGCAAGAGUACCAACCCCUCAGUCCUGAAAUGAUCAGUGGCAGACUAUACAGAUCGAACCAAAGAUUCAGUUCCAUGGACUUAUCAAUGAUUCAAGAUAAUCAGAAUGAUACGGAUUCUGAAGGUUGGGAGGAACGUGAGGCAUCUCGCACGCAUUCCGUGAAAUUCUCCGAAGACUCUGUCACGGAUAAGGAGCAGACGCCGUUUGUGCGACAGAAUACGCCACAUCCCAAGGAGUUGAAGAUGAAGGCGCACAAGUUGUUUGCCAAGGAGAAGAGCAAAACCGAUGACACAAUCGGUUUGGAUACGCUGUCUGAGGAGUCGUCAUCCAAACCGUCAUCGGUGAAAACGGUAAUUGAGUCAGCGACGAUGGAUAAUAUAUCGGAGACGCAAACAGAUGUGGUCCCAGUGGCGCCAUCUGGUGUGGUGGUGGCGGGCAAGAGUGUGAGUCAGGAGCCAAUUGGUGUGCCACUGCUGCCCAAUAUUGAGGAAGUCCCUCAGGCGAUGCCCAUGGGCGACAGCAAUGUCGUGGGAUUGCCGAAUCCGCCGCCGACUGAGGCUGAGCAUGAGGAUGAUAUGGAGGACAGAAGAGUGGGAUUCACACUGAAUCAGGAGAGUGAGGAUGAUGGUCAGUUUCCCGAUCCGGAUGAUCUGAUCAAGAGACCACUGAGACUCCAUCGACGCGAUACGCCGCAUCACUUGAAGAACAAGCGUGUUCAGCAUGGACUCAAUGAUAAAGCCGCCAAUCUCAUCAUUGCAAAUGCGAUGAAGAUGAAGGAUCAUCCGCACCAGGAGCCAGUGAUGCAGCAGCACAGAAUUGAUAAUGUUGUGCAUGAGGAGGAGUUGGAUGACAGCAAAGCGGAAGAUGAUGCCGCAGAUGGAAUCACGGAAUUGCGUGAGGAGCGCUAUGAGAUCCACAUUGAGCGCACAUCGGCGGGAUUGGGCUUGAGCAUAGCCGGUGGCAAGGGUUCUACACCCUUCAAGGGUGACGAUGAGGGUAUUUUCAUAUCACGCGUGACUGAAGCUGGACCAGCGGAUCUUGCGGGUCUUCGUGUUGGUGACAAAGUGCUGAAAGUCAAUGGGAUUUCAGUGGAAUUGGCCGAUCACUAUGAAGCGGUGGAGAUUCUGAAGGCGUGCGGAUCGGUUUUGGUGUUGCUUGUGACAAGAGAAGUGACUAGACUUGUUGGUCAUCCGGUCUUCAGUGAGGAUGGCUCAGUGUCACAGAUUUCCAUUGAUAAUCGCACACUGGAACAGCAGCAACAGGUGGAUCUGCAGCAACCGCAGAAGUACAUUCCGCCACCGAUUCAGAUCAAUCCGCAGCAGCAGAAUCCUGGCAUUACAUCGCCAUCCCUGCUGACGGCAAAUGGUGUGGUGGAGAAUGGUGGCAGGGAUGUUGUGCACAAGAUCACACUCCACACGACCUUCAUCAGGGAUCAGAUUGGUCAGGGAUUGGGAUUCAGUAUUGCCGGUGGCAGAGGAUCACCGCCGUAUAAGGAUGGUUCUGAUGGGAUUUACAUAUCGAGAAUCACUGAGGGUGGAUUAGCGCACAAGGAUGGGAAGAUUAUGAUUGGCGAUCGAGUAUUAGCGAUUAAUGGCGUGGAUAUGACUACGGCUCAUCACGAUUAUGCUGUUCAACUGUUGACGGACACACAGAGAUUCGUUCGACUGGUGAUUCAGCGUGAAGUCAAGGGUCCUCUGGAGCCACCACAGAGUCCCAGAAGUCCGUCAGUGCUCAAGGGAUUGAGUCCAACAGGAUAUAUGGCAAAUCGACCAACCUAUUCCGGCUACAGGCGAUCCAUUGAUGGAUCUGAGAACGUGAAGACGGCCGCUCAGACACACACAGUGCCACCCACGGCUCAGGCGGCGACAACUGUGCCGCCCAAGACGAAUGGCAUUGAUACAGUUCCAGCGCCUCAGCCGGCGCCACGUCGUCUUGGCUCACAGAGUGUGCCGAAUGGGGCGCAGAAUGGUCCCCAAUCGGGUGACGAAGAACCACAGGUGCCACACACGCCUCGUCCACUGACCAGUGAUGAUUUUCAAGCCAUGAUCCCGGCCCACUUUAUCAGUGGCGGUGUGCAGCCCCAUGUUGAUGUGCGGGAGAGUGAACAUGGGCCAACGGUGACGGUGACGGUGAACAAGGGCAUUCCAGAUAUGCCGAUGCUUCCGCCGGCACCCACAGAGUUGGGCAAAGUCACUGAAACCAUUACAAAGUCAACAUUCACGGAGACUGUCAUGACUCGUGUCACUGACAAUCGUUUAGCCGAGCCACUCAUCAGUGAGGAUGUGAAGCUGCCCAAGAAUCAGGGCUCUCUUGGCUUCAGCAUUAUCGGUGGUACAGAUCAUUCUUGUGUUCCAUUUGGAGCUCAUGAACCUGGAAUAUUUAUCUCACAUGUUGUUCCUGGCGGCAUUGCCUCCCAAUCUGGCAAGAUCCGAAUGGGUGAUCGAAUAUUGAAGGUAAAUGGAACGGAUGUGACACAGGCGACGCAUCAGGAGGCAGUGAUGGAACUCCUUCGUCCUGGUGAUGAUAUCACUCUCACAAUUCAACAUGAUCCACUUCCAAUUGGCUUCCAGCAAUGCGAAAUAGAAAUAUUAAAAGAUGAGCAAGUUGUGCUGGUGAAGGCCGAAGGUGAACGCCUGGGAAUGCACAUCAAGGGUGGAUUGAAUGGUCAGAAGGGUAAUCCGUUGGAUGCAACUGAUGAGGGUGUUUUCGUGUCUAAGAUCAAUUCCAGUGGUGCUGCAAGACGAGAUGGUCGACUGAAGGUUGGAAUGAGAAUUCUGGAGGUCAAUGGAAUGUCUUUGCUGGGAGCUUCCCAUCAAGAGGCCGUCGAUUCACUGAGAUCGGCCGGCAAUGAACUCUACUUAAUUGUCUGCAAGGGUUAUGAUAAGUCUGCGCUGAUUCACGGCGCUGGAAUGAACACGGGAAGACGUCUGGGCUCGAGGGCGUCAGAGACGGGAUCGGAAUUGAGUCAGAGUAUCUCAAGUUUAGAUCGUGAGGAUGAUGAUUUGACAUCACAACAGCAGAAUCUUGUGGAUUCUGAAGUGUUCACCGAUACGAUUGAGAAGAUAAAGUCACUGCAAGUGGAUGAGGUGGAGGAGAAGUCUCAACCACCCAAUGAAUUGGCUUUGGUGAAUUCAACGCCGUCAGAUUUGGUUCUUAUGAAGGAGAAGAGCACACCUGAAAAGGUGCUGGAUAUUGUAAGGGCUGCCGAGUCUCUGGCUCUUGGUGGGAAUGCCGAGGUGCCGCCUGAAGUGCAAGUUGAGGCGCAUCAUGAUGACAAGAAGCAGAAGACCACAACAAUUGUCAUGUCCAAGCAUACACUUGAUACACAACCACAGAUCGAGGGACAGAGAGGCGGUCAGCAGAGGCAAUUGGCCAAGGGUGAGGGUUCAGGAAGGCCCAGAACACCUUCUGUUUCAGAUGCCAGCGAAGCGGGAAGUCUGCCCAGAGCGAAGCGGGUGGAGAAGACGCCUCCGGUGCCUGUGAGGAGGAGGGAAUCCGUGGAGGCGACACUCGAUGAUGUGUCAGAUGAGAGUGAGGAGGAGAACAGGAUGUAUGAGAAGCCCCUGCCGGCGGAGCCAAAGAGGCAAUUCAGGCCGACAGUUGUGGAGGUGAAAACUGAAGUGCCGCCCACGAAGAAGCCAGAGAAGAGUGAGAAAGCAGUGCAUCGAGGUGAAUCGGAUCGCAGCUCUGUGAGUUCCUACAAGAGUGACAAUCACAGGAAGUCCGUGAGUUUCGAUUUGAGUGAGAAUAGCAGCGAAGAAGCCCCAGAAACGCCGGUACUUCAUCGUCCGUACACACCCAAACCGGAUCCCAGCAAAUAUGUGGAAUCAGAUGAGAAUAUCUUCAGCUAUGAGAGCGAUGAAGUGGCCAGAGUGGAGGAGAGAUACGCUGAUAAGCCUAAGAGAAGAGGCAUUCUUCGGUCACCGAGUCCGCGAGUUGAAUCGCCAAGAGCGACACUCAGGCGGGAACCCAUUCCGGACACUGUGGAAGAGCCAGCUGAGGAGGAGCUCGAGAGGGAGAAUCCCUUCCGGAAGGAGGCUCUGUCGGCUCAGCGGUAUUCAGACAAGUACAAGGAGUAUUCCAAGAUCCCGCGAGGCGGUGAAUCUGGAUCGGAUAGCGAAGAGGGACGAAAGAAUCGCCCAAUUUCCGCUUACGGUUAUGAUCACGACUAUGCCUGGACGUUCAGGCACAUCCACAAGGGCUUUGAGGAGAUCUCCCAGUCGAAUGAGAACCUCAGUCAGCCGUCAAUGAUUCCCAUCAAGAAGCCAAUUCUGUACAAGUCAACUUCCACUCUGCCCGAUCGUCCGCGUGGAAAGCCUCCGGUGCCGCCGAAGCCGCCGGUGAAUGUGAAGCAAGCGGAUCUGGUGCAGAAUGACGCUCUGAAUCGGAUAUCGAUGGAACAGGGUGACUUUGUGGAGUUCCAGCACGAUGCCGCGACGAAUGCCAUCAGAGAGAUUCCGCGACCAUUCAGUCCGGACUAUUCGCCGCUGCCGCCAGUGCCGGAGGCGAAGAAAGUGCCGUACAACAGAGUGAGGAGCGUGGAGAGACCAACUGUGCGUCCUCCGCCGCCACCAGUCAAGUCACCUCUUCAGUACGAAGUCAUUCCGGCGAAGUAUGACGUUCUGCCGUCACCCAAGACGCCCGAACUCGUGCAUGAGAACUGCAAGGACAACAUCCUGGUGACGGAGGAGGUGCACAGGAGCAUUCUGCUGGGGGAGAAUGAGGUGCGCAAGGCGCUGCAAGAGGAGGUGGAUGAUGCCAACAACAAUCGAUCGCUGCCAAAUCCCUUCCUCAGCGACUCAGAUUCCGACAUCACGGCCAUUUCGGCGGCGGACGCUCUGCCGCCCAGCAUCUUUCCGCCACCUCAGAUUCUGCCGGUGCACUAUUCCCACCUGCCGAUGCCCCAGCAGCCGGGCUACUACGUGCCCUAUCCGCCGCCGGGCGGGCAGUUCCUGUCACCACCGGCAUCGGCAAAGACACCCAAAACCGUGUCCGACAAGAAGAGAUUCUUUGAGAAUGCCAUGGAAGAUCAGCACAAGACUGCGUCCAAGACAGACAAAGUCUUCUCGUUCUUGUCCAAAGACGAAGUGGAGAAGCUGAAGCAGGAGGAGGAGCGGAAAAUCGCCACGAUGGGUCAUGAGAAGCCCAAAUUGAGUGAAUCCGACGAUUUAGACGAUAAUUUCGACGACGAUGAGGACGCCUACAAUUCCAGGUGUAGCAGUUCACCAUCGCAACCAUCAUCCCUCACAUUUGUCGCCACCGCAUCCUCACCGUCCCCCGAAGCACCCAAGACGCCCCAGAGUCGCAUCCCCGUGCGCACGGCCAACGCGGAGAAGCGGACGCGCGACGCUGGCCAGCCGGCCAGUCAGCGGCCAAUUGACGAAGCCCAACUGAGCCCGGCGGAAUUAAAAGCUCUGAGGGCGGAGAGGAAGCGCGAGUGGCGCCAGGCGAGACUGAAAUCCCUGGAGCAGAGUGCAGAGCAGAUUCAGAGCAUAAUUCAAGCUCAAAAUGCUGUGAAUGAAUCAAAUUUGCAGCAGCGUCAGGACAGAGGCGGUAAAAAUGAGUCUUUAGUAUUUCCUCGUAUUGCUGUCAAGUCGCGUCCUGGUGCUUUGGUCGUCCGCGAAAAGGAAAAAGUUCUCGAUGAGAAGAUAACACGGCGUACAGAAGAAGUUGCUUGUCCAAUUACUGGGGAACCACAAAUCAGAACUAUUGAAUAUAUUGAGAAGCUCAUCGAAACUGAGGUGGAAACGUGUCAGGAGAAGAUAAUCUCGAUAGAACUGCAGGAUCCGUCGCGCACGCCGGCUGCGACGCCGUCAGAUGAGGAGAAUCCCUCCAUUGUCACCGUCCAGUGUCGGUCUGAGGGCGCCACGGGGCCGCUGGAGUUCAUUGUGCGGCCAGGGGUGGACGCCACAGAUGCCAGAAUGCAGUAUGCGCCCAUGCAGACGAUUGUGGAGGUGGUGAAUCCGAUCCUUGGCGGUGGCGGAGCGGCAAACACCAUCACGGUGGGCAGAUCGAGUGAUGAUUACUAUCCGUCCUUGGACGAGGAGACGGCGGAGUUCGAGGCGAACGAGCGAUAUGAGCUCAGUCUCAAUGAUAAGAUGAAGAAUGUUCUGCAGGAGUUGCUGGAGAAUGAGAAGGUGAAGCUCAAUCGAUCCAGGAGCAUGACUGAGAGUGACAAUGAGGACCAGGAUGAGGAUGAUGAUGACGAUGAGUCCGAGGGUGCUGAGUAUGAUUGCGUCUUCAGUGAUCAUCAGGGCAAUUCACACUUUGGCAAUGGCUUUCCCGCCACUCUGCACGAGGAGGACGAGGAGAAUGCCAAUGAUGAGAUUGAGGAGUGUCAGGUGAUCAGCAAUCCCAACGCCCAAGACGACGAGGAAGCCACGCAGGAAGCGCGCCAGGAGACAGCCGAUGAGGAGCUGAAGGAGCGUCUGAUGUCGCAGCUCAAUGUGGACAAUGCUGUUGCCGAGGAGGCGAUGGUGGAGGAGGACGAGAUUGUGGCGAAUGUCCAGGACACGGGCCUUCCAGCAGCGGUAAAUUCAAGUACAAAUUCCAGCAAGAGCCGCAAGAAGCGGAAAAACAAGAACAAGAAGAAAUAGAGAGCUUCUCUAAUCCCAUCAUAUAACCAACCUCAGCGAGGUUUUCGGUGCGUUUCUUCGUUCGACUAAUGAGAUAAUAAAAUAAUUAGUGUAACAAAAAUAAAUCCAUAAUCAUGCAGCUAAUUGAGGAAAGUGGAUGGAAAAAUCAUGCAAAUGACCCACUAAUGAGCACAAUUAAGUGAUCAUUUGCCUAAAGAGACAUGAUGACAUGUGCAAGAAUGCGCGGUAGAUGGAAUAAUAAUGAAAUAGAUUUACACACUUAAUGCUAGAAAUCAUGCAAUUUCUCACUAAUUUAUAAGUUUGUCUCCUUUAUUAGUGAGAUUCAAGAUACAGAGAUAUUUUAUUUUAGUAGAUUUUUAAGCUCAUCGUCUCUUUUUUUCUCUUCUCUUUUUCUUUGUCUCUUCCAGCGUGUAGUUUUCACAUCACGAGUGGGUUCAAUGAUUCCGAUAGCCAAAAGAAAGGUCUAAUUUAAGAUAAUAGCGCCUAAAAUGGACCACUUUUUCCAACACACCAAUUCUGGACGAAAUCAUGCGGAAAAGUAAGACAAUUUCACCCUCAAGUCCACUAAUCCUCAACUCGAUUUUAUCCCUUCCAUUGCUCUCCAAUUAAAUUAAUAAUGGUCAGAGAGGGGGAUGAGCGCAAAGCAGGAGAAGAAAGCAUUUCGGUGCUUUUGGGUAAAAAUUGUGUGUAUUGCGCGCAUUAAGACUCUCUCUCUCCUCAGUUCAUCCCUCUGGACUCCCGUCCUGUUUUUUUUUUCUUUCCCUCACAUCCUAAUGGCAAUUUAAUUCUCCGCAAUAGGAAUUAAUUUAAUUAAUUUUCCAUCUAUACUCUCUUUUUAUUUGUAACACCGUGAGAUAGAAUUUACGAGGAUAAUACCUUGCAUAGGACUAAAAAAAAAAGAA